UGCACCUCAAACAAUUGUACACAAAGCUCACUGUCUCUCUCAUGCAGGUGUUUCACUCUGGGCAUUGCCUGGAAAACGUCGAUCAUUUACAAACUGUAAAGUGACUUUAAUGGACUUCAUUGUUGUAGGUAAUGGAUAGCAAGGUCCUAGAGGUAAUGCUAGCUAGUUCUGAGAAGGUGCAACAAUGAAAAUAGUUUCAACCAUGUUACAAUAUUAUUCAGUAAUAUGUUACUUGCCUAGCUUCUAAGAGACAAUCAAAUUAAAAAUACUGUACGCGUUAAAUCCAGCUGCAAUCACACCUGGGCGAAAGUAAUUCCAGAAAUUGUGCCUCAAAUCCCCAAGGCUUACUAACAACAAGAACGAACAGGAAGAUACGAGUUAUUUGGAAACAAAACAAACGUUCCUCUAAUGAGCAGUUGAGGGAGUAGUUCUACCUCAAAGUUCUAUUCGGCGAUGGAUGAACGUGGUGUCAAGAAGCAGAUUCCUCGUCUAUUAGACCAGGUGUUGAACUUCAGUGGCAACUUCCGGUGGGCCCAGAAAAAAUAUGUAUCUAUAUUACAGACUGACAACAGAUUGCAAGAGCAUCUAUCAAUUGUGACCUCGUAACCUCAAGGGCAGUAAAUUAACGAUUGACUGUCAGUGCAGUGAAUUAAGCAAUCACUAAAGCUUACUCCCUAAAGUUCUCUUCAUCUUGGUACCCUACCCAAGCCACGACUUUUAUCGUUAUGUCAACAUCAUCGUAUAUAACCUGUCACUAUUUAAAUAGCUAUUAUUUUAAUGGUACAGUGUGCAUUUCCAUCAUUUGUAUUUUUAGUAUUGUCAAGAGUUGGCUUUACACCAGAGUGAAACUUUAAUUAGUUAAAGUGUCCACAUCAUGCUAGAUGAUACCAACAAUAUCGUUACUCUCCAUUAAUACUGCAGUUAGUCUCUCUGAACGAAUAGUAAGUCAAUUCUGGAAAACAGUGUGUUACCUCUCCAGCACCCCUCUCGCACUGAAACAUUCCAUAGGAGACGAACACUGCCUUCACACAUCAGACUAAAAUACAGUGUUCGAGUUAUACCAGUCACACAUAAAACUUAACCAUUCGAUUUUUUAACUGCAAUACUUGACCUUCACUAAUCUACGCCAAUCCAUCACUCGAGGUAAAUAGUAUAGUGUAAUUUCGCAAGGGCGGGGUAUCAUUAUGAGAAGUGCACCGUUAGAUCACAAGUUUGCUUUUAGAAGUGUGUUCCCGCCGUGUCUCAUCCUGACGAGAGAAGCGCGGAAUGCUCAACUUAAUGUUGUCCCAAUGCUGGUUUAGAAUAAAACAUUCGUGAACUGUCUAUUUUUUUAAAAAUAUCAUCUUUUUUUUCCUCAUCAACCACUUCGGAGGCGCUAUGACACACUUCUAGAGCAGGUGGGACUUGAAUCCGGAUCUCCCAUUCCGAGGGUAACGAUGCUACCAUUGUACCACAAGAGUUGUCAAUAACCCAAUACCAUUAAAAACGUAACCAUAUUCUACUAAUUUUCAUUUAAAUGUUAAAAUUGGCUCCGUGCCAGUUGGGCUAAGACAACAUGACCAACCUCUCAAAAUGAUCUCCGAAUUUUAAUUGGUUCAGAUCAACCCUUUCAAAUCAUCCGGCCACAGUGCCCCGUGCAAUAACUUGAUUGAAACCCACACGGGAGCUCGGGAAAACAAUAAGGUAUCGCAGGUGUGGAGAUACCGCGGAUAACUGUACUGUUGGUAUUAAUUUCUGUUUCAGUACAAAGUCAAGUAUGAAGUAUUAGAGUAGAAUCUGAUCAAUAAAGCUUGUUAAAUUUUCACUCAGAACAUCUCCGGUCUCGCAUGUUGAGAUCUUUCUUCUAAGUCUUGGUUAACUCGUGCUCGACUACAGGCUCGGGGGUUUGGGCUGCACUGCGGGAUGGGCUGUUCUUGGGGUUUUUUUGGCUGCACUGGAGUCUUGGUUCUAGUCAGAAGGGCUUAAAAUCAUACUUCACUACCGAAUAACUUUGCGCAUUUCAGCUUAGUCCUGUCCCAAUAUCUAAUUUUGAAUGUUUGGAAAAUGCGGACACUCUCCGGCUCUAAAUGCUUUAGACGGUUUAAACAGCGUAUGCUCUUGUGUCGCUGUCACAACUCCCAUCUCCCAGCACCGCGCUGAAGUUAGAAAGCCCACUGUGUGAAACCACAAUUGGCGGGCACUGCCCCUAACCCAGCCAAGUGAAAACCUCACGCUCCGGGUUAUUUUUAAUCAACCUGCUGAACUCUCUUCUGAAAACCCCGUAGCAGACGUGGUUUCGGGUCCAAGAGGGAGACGUCACCACUGCCCCUCAAGUGCAGGUUUGUACUGAAUUUUUGCAUCGCCUUUAGGAUGAAGCGGCGUUAUGGUGAUGCCAUGGUCCAGUCCAAGAGAACAAGGCAUUUUUUGGGCAAGGCAACGUAACGAAUGCUGACGGAGCUAGAUUGGUGCGUCAGGGCCGUGAAACCAACCUCUUAAUAUUUGAUAUGUUCGCAAAAAUAUUUAAGUUGACAAAAUCCUUGGGUGGUAUAUCACCUUUUUAGCGCCAAGGUUUCAAUCAGGUGUCGGCCCUUCAGGAAGUGCGAGUCCAAGGCCUACUUGCCCCAGGGGUGUCACAAUGUGCCUGAACAGAUUGAUUUUCUAAUAUCUACAGUCAUGUUUUACUUAUCUCUUGAUAUUGGGCUUCCGCUUAGCUGGCAGCAAGACGACUGGAAUAACCAGGGGUGCUGCCCAGGGAACCCAAUAUUAGCAGCAGAACGUUCACAUCAUUCUUUAAAAGGUAGUGGUAACUUUUUAAUAUCACUACCUUAUAAUGAAGCAAAUCAGACAGGUCCUAUGUCGCUUCAGUUACACUGCUAAAAUGACAUUUUUACAGUAAGAAAACAUUAAAAUAAGCUCUCGUCCUCUCGGUUCUCCCUGUUUGGCACCGGUUAAACAAAACACUGACAAAGGUUACACGCUCUCCUUCCAAAACCAUCCUUUCAAAUUAAAAGAUGAAGUUUAUAUUUCAUGGAAGUGCUCCCCUGCCCCUAACAGCAACAAUAUUUUGCCAGUUUUAAUAACUUAAUAAUUCUUCAGAACUCAGCAGGUCUGGAAGGACCUGGGGUUCUGAAGAAUGGUCAGGAGCGUUAACACUGUAUUUCUCUCUGCACCGAUGCUGCCACACCUGCUGAGCUUCUCCAGCAUUCUCGGUGCUUGUUUGGCCAGUCCUUGUCCUAAAGGAUUAUUUUGUGGGUCGUGAGCUCUUUCUCCAAAUGACUAUACGUUCUAAUGGCCUCACCACCCAUUGUGUAAGUGAUGUAUGCGCUAUUUAGUGUACUCCCCACUGAAAGCACCUGUCUCGUGAAACUGCGACUGUAAUACCUACUGUUGGCGCUACUGUAUAUGCCUACACCAGGAGUACUGAGUCUCCAGGACCUGGAUUACGUUCACCUAAGGCUAUCAGUACAGUCAGUGGAAAAUGGUUCAAACAUGAUAAUAUUUUGUGUUUUGAAAUUCAGUUGUAUUAUCAAUUCUAUGCAGUAAAAUUAAGACAAAUAUCACAUCGCAAGGCUUCUUGCCCCAUAACUGGCCUUUUACUGAUCACCGAAUAUCCAAGACGGUCAAAUCAAUGCCGUCCGCCACACGUCAAUGGCUGCAGUAAUCGUGGGUGGAUGGAUUUACAUACAGAAGUUACAUUCUUAAGGCUCUGUCUUCUUUUACGAAGAUGUGUUGAAUUUAAUAUUACCGACCAAACGAGGUACUUGAAUAAGAUUAGGAUGUCAUGUCAAAGGGAGGAUUAUACAAGGUAUGACCUGUUGUUUUGGAAAAAGUCUUUAAAAUAACGUGUGACUAUUUAAAUGAAACCCUCCACAUUGCAGUGUCCAAAAUAACAUUACUGAACCCAAUGAAACUGGUUGCCUCUUUAUACAUGGCUAGGUUCGUUGUAUUGUAUCCUGGACCCAUGGCUAAUCACUAAUUUCCCUUUAAAAUGUGAGGAAGCUGUGUAUGGAACUCGCCUAACUGUCUAUCAGCAGAUCUGAGCAAUUUUCAUUGUCAUUUUUGCCCCAUUGUGAUUUGAAAGGGAGUGGGCGGAUUGCAGUGGCUGGGAUUAGCCUGUCUGCCCAAUUGCAACAGGCGGUCUCCUGAGAGCAGAUGAACUCUCACAAAACACUCAACCAUUCGAACCGCAACUCCGAACAACUGCAAGCCCCUGCUCCGUCAUGAAAGAGAGGCAAAAACACCAGCUUAGCGUCAAGACACCGGACAAGACUAACUACCGAGGACUUAAACAAAGACCCAGCGCACAAAUAGCAUCUAGCAUUCUUAUUCUAAUAAAACAAACAAAUCCCGUAGGAGCUGGCGCAAACAGCGAACAUGAUCAUCUUUAUAUCCCGCAGUGUGCUGCUGUCAGUUUAUUACCCGCAGAUGUUUCUUAUCCUCACCAGCGGAAGUUACCUAGCUUUGUCCUCAGUGGUGGCCUUGGGAGCGAAUAUCAUCUGCAACAAGAUCCCAGGACUGGCACCCCGGCAGCGGGCGAUCUGUCAGAGCCGCCCGGAUGCCAUCAUCGUGAUCGGGGAAGGGGCACAAAUGGGCAUCAACGAGUGUCAGUACCAGUUCAGGCACGGCCGCUGGAACUGCUCAGCACUCGGAGAGAAAACAGUCUUCGGACAGGAGCUCAGAGUGGGUAGUCGAGAAGCAGCUUUCACUUAUGCCAUCACUGCAGCUGGUGUAGCUCAUGCAGUGACUGCUGCCUGCAGUCAAGGAAACCUGAGCAACUGUGGCUGUGAUCGAGAGAAACAGGGCUACUACAACCAAGACGAAGGCUGGAAGUGGGGAGGCUGCUCGGCAGACAUCAAAUAUGGAAUUGAGUUCUCAAGGAAAUUUGUAGAUGCAAGGGAAAUUAAAAAAAACGCCAGGAGGCUGAUGAAUCUGCAUAACAACAAGGCUGGGAGAAAGAUUUUGGAAGAAAGGAUGAAGUUGGAAUGCAAAUGUCAUGGUGUUUCUGGUUCGUGUACUACCAAGACAUGUUGGACAACUCUUCCCAAAUUCCGAGAGAUUGGAUAUGUUUUGAAAGAAAAGUACAGUGAAGCUGUUCAUGUUGAAGCUGUCAGGGCCACUCGAUUACGACAGCCCACAUUUCUCAAAAUCAAGAAGCCCAGGACCUAUCGAAAGCCCAUGGAUACAGAUUUAGUUUAUAUUGACCGAUCACCAAACUAUUGUGAGGAGGAUAGCUCAACAGGAAGUGUAGGAACACAGGGAAGACUAUGUAAUCGCACCUCUCUUCAUGGAGAUGGCUGUGACCUGAUGUGCUGUGGUCGAGGUUACAAUACCCACCAGUAUACCAAAGUGUGGCAGUGCAACUGCAAGUUCCACUGGUGCUGUUUCGUCAAAUGCAACACAUGCAGUGAAAGGACUGAAGUCUUCACCUGUAAGUGAGGAAGUCAACCUGCCAGAAAAAAAAGUCAGAUACUUCAUCCAGGGUAAAAGAAACAACAAGGGAGAAAUGGAGAAGAAAGAAAUUGGAAGGAGUCAACAAAAGAAGAAUGGAAUUUAAUACUAACUCACCACCCUUUCAGUAUAAAAUUGUGCAUGUACUUAAAAAUGCACCCUCUGCUUGAGAGGAUGUUGUAGGUUGGCUGAUGUUUCCAUCUCAUGAUCACCAUAAACCAGGAGUCAGAUGCAAUUUGACGUAUGUAACGCCAGUACAAGUCUGCAAUAAUUGCAAUGCACUUUGGGAGCUGCAGUCCAUUCUUAUGGGUGAUAUUGUUGAUAUCUGUACAAUAGGUGAACAAGCUACAACUCUCAGAAUGCUGUGCACUUUACAGAUUCUCCCCAUUUUCAUUUUCCCCACAAGAAAUUCUGCUCAACUGUGGCACAAUCCUAUGCUUCGAGAAAACAGUAAUUGUGCACAACAAAGAAAAGGUGUGAAGCAAAGUGAGCAGUGGGGUGUUAGGAGAGUCAUCAGAUGGCAAAGGAUCACAAGAAAUUAUUCUAGUAAUUAAGAACUGGAAAUAACUGAGCUGCAUCAUUGCAGAAAUGAUAUGCUGACAUUCAGAGUAAGGCAGGAGGCCUUGCAGAUCAUUUUGUUUCAAAAUGACUAAAUAUAUGUCUUGUCCAGUCUCACUGGAGCUGUUUGGAUAUUAAAAAUGUUUAUUUAUGUUGUAGAACACAAGCAAGAUUAAGCACUAACGGGUAGUAAUAUUGUAAUUUUUUAAAAAUGUAAACUUGUUAGAUUCC